GGUGGUGUCGAGGUGUCUGAAACAAAUCCGAAAAGAGCGAAAGGAGCUGGAGCGGCGCCCCUGCAGCUCGGCAACCCCGGCGGCCGAGCAGACAGCGUCCUCGGACCAUAACAAACAUGGCGGCCGCGCGAUGAAAGUUGCCCGCUCUAUGACCCCAUUUCUGACCUCGUGCAACCCCUGUGCCUGCUGCGAAGGACCGGAAGAUAAGGGGAAUUAGGGGAGAAGCGUGGAGGAGGGGGAGAGAGAGAGACGUUCCUCUCCUCGGGCCAAAAGGGGCCAAGUGGUGUGAUGUGAACUUGUAUUUCUCUUCCGAUAUCGCGAUGGACUGUGGAAGGAAGGGAGUGACUGACCCAAGGGCGUGACCUGAUCGAGGGAUAUUAUUUCUUAAGUGAAGUGGAGAGAGAGAGAUAAAGGAAGAGAGAGAGGAAAAGGAAAGCAAAAGUGUGCUUCCGGGUGACUUCUUCGGAUUUUACUUCCACUUUGGUGUCGGGAUGAAAGACCAAACCCAGGUGUGAUGGUGGGUGUAGGAACAAGGGGGCCAGCGUGGGCCCUGGGGGGAGCCUAUACCCCUCACCAUUCCUCGCUUCUGGACGUCCUAGGAAGCGAACCAGGUGGCCCCCCCCUUGAUGGCCCUGCUUUAACUGUGGCACUGGAUGUAGUACAAGCCUGGGCUGUGCUUAUCACUGUUGGCUUCACACUUGUGCUCUUUGUGUUCCUGGCGUUCUGUGUGUGCGCCAAAAAAGAUGAUGGCUACGAUGAAUACGAGCUGAGCCAGGGGCUGACAACAGUGAAGGUGUGUCACGAUGGGGGAGAGAAUGGGCUCAGCAGCUAUCCGCGCAUCAAUGGCUCCAACACACCUAAAGGCAGUGAUGAGGCUUCAGAGGCAUCCAGCAGAUGUACUCUGAAGCGGGAGUUGCCAGCUAUUCCAUUAAGCGCUCAUCCAGACCCAUCUGGUGAUUGCAAUGUGGAACGCACACAGUCACAGCAUUCCUCUGAUCUCUAUGCUGCCGUUGGUGAUGUCAAUGAUGCGAGCGGAAUAGCCAAGGUUAUUGGUGGCGUGCAGGUGCUACCCUCUGGUGCCAUUGGGCCUGGGGGUCGAGCAGCCAUCCUGCGUGACCCCAAUGUGACCUCCCCCACUGACUCUAGUGGUCCCACUACCAGUGAUGGGCCUGGAGUUGCGACCAGUGUGGCCGCUGCUCACCCCUAUGCCAAAGUGAAGAAGGAACAUCCCUACGCUCAUGUCAAGCUACCAAAGAAAGAUCAUCCUUAUGCAAAGGUGGUUCGUGAUGAUUCUGAGGACCCUGAAACAGAUACAGAUAAUUAUGAUGACCCCAAAGCCAUUGCCAAAGACAAAACUAGUGGAUGGGACUCUGAGGCUACCUAUGAGGCAGCUCCCCCUGUGCCUGAGAAGCGCUUUGACCUAGAGGAGGAGACAGCUGUGGGAUCAGGUCCUCCUGCAGAUAGCAUUGUUGGGGGAGGGGGCCUCAUGACCACCUCUGUGACCUCAGCCUCCUCUGCCCUUGGGCCAUCAUCCCCCCGGUCACCCCUCCUCAGUGCCCGGGUCUCCAUGACGAGCUCAGCACAUUCCCCUACAUCCCCCCAUAGCACAGGACCGAGUGCAGAUAGGCCUCCCUCUGCAGAUAUCCCUGCUGCCAUGGCUAUCUCAGGACGCACCCCCGCCAAUGAGGAGCUGCCUUAUAUGACACCCCCACUACAUCAUGCUGGCAUUGAGCUCCCAGUACAGCAAAACUUCAGUGGAGACUCCCAGGACUCACGAGGCUACACAAGCAUCAGCGUACGGGAACCCCUGGCUGCUCUCAAAGCACAGUCUCAGGGGACAGCAGCUACCACAGCAUCUCCAGCUACUCAACCCCAUGAAGGAGAAGGGUACUACAUGACUGUGUCAGAUGACUCAGCGGACGAGAUGUACGCUUGCAUUUAUGAAGGCUCGAGAGGCGUGGGAAGUGAAACCUAUGCGCAGAUUGAACCACGGUCUACCCCACCCCCACCUCCUCCUCCCAUGCCUAGUCCUCCACAUGCGCCUUCAACCCCCUCGCCUCUCUCGACUAGAGGUGGAUCCCAACCUCCACCAGCUCCCCCAAGUGUGGAUAGUCUGCGGCAUGUUGUUCACUCCCGGCAAGCCUCAUCGAGCAGUGCCGCCAGCACGGUGAUGGGCAGUCCGGGCGCUGAGAAGAGAGGAACGCGGUCUCCCUUGCCACCUCUCCCACAGGGUGACACCAGCCUCUACUCUGGCCCGUCCCCCCAGCCCCCUCACUCACCCCCGCGUGCAGCAGCCCCCCCAGCCGAAAGGCCCACGCAAAGGGCGCUAGAGGAGAUGUAUGCUAAGGUCAUGAAGAAACAACGCCCAGGACACAGUCGCGGCGAUAGUUCUGGCGGAGGCGAGAGUGAUGCGGGGAGUGUGUCAUCAUCACGACGUGGCUCGGUAGACAUUGGGGGAGCCCGAUGGGGAUCCCAUGCUUCUACACCCCCCACAACUCCUAGGCAGUCCCUAGAUUUGGGUGCUAUGACACACAGCCUCAUAGAAACGCGCAAUCUGGAAGUCGUCACAAAUAUUAGUAGAGCAAAGUCAUAUGAAACAGCUGGUGUCUGGGGAGGGGCUACGCAGCACCCUCCGGCACAGCAAGGGGCUCCACCAAACCCAAACUAUGAGACCAUACCUCAAUUGCCAUCAAACUUCUACUCGGGAGGCUCUUCGGAUCCUGGCUAUGAGACGGUGAAGAAUGCGGAGCCUCCAUACGCGAGUGUGGAGCGACCAGAGGAAACAUACCCUGGGUAUGAGACCUUCAAGCUCACCUCUGAUGUGGAGUCUGAGCCUGGUUACGAAACACUGAAACACCGUGAGUAUGAAGCAGGCUACGAGACCGUCACCGAUAAGAGCAAGCAGCCGAGCUCAGAGCCAGGGUACGAAACAGUGGCUCAUGAGGGCAGCCAGGAGGAGGAGGAGCCGGGUUAUGAGACUGUCACUCAUCACCGUAAAGAGGAAGCAGCUGAUCCAGGUUAUGAGAUUGUUAAGGGAAAGACUGGUGUGGAGUUAGCAGAUCCAGGCUAUGAGGAACUGCAAGGGGCUAUACAUCAUGCUCGCACCACAUCAGAACAUGACCCAAACUAUGAGCAGCUGAAAUUUAGUAGCCGUCGCUCUAGUGAUGGGGAUGCAGAGCCAGGCUAUGAGGUUGUCAAGAAAGUGGAGGCAGAAAGCACCUAUGAAAUGGUCCGUGACUACGACACCCAAGAAAAGGACCCCACCUAUGAAAAGAUUGACAAACCUGAUGAGCUCCCAAGCCCAUCAGAAACCCCAAUGUAUGCCAGUGUCAUACGGAAAGGCAGCCCAGAGAAAAAGGCAGCCAAGGAUAAGAGCCCAGAGGUUGAAGAAAUAGGCCCAUCACCUGUGGGGAAAAAGCAGCCUGCAGCAGAAGAGGCUGUAGAUACAAAAGCAGAAGAAAGCAUUCCCCCACCUCUUGCCAUGAAGCAGCCAUCACCCCCUCUACAGAAGAGUCCCUCUCCCCCUCUAAGGAAAAGCCCAUCUCCUGUCUUGAGAAAGAGUCCUUCACCUCCCUUGAAACAGAGUCCUGAGGAAAGGGCUCCAAAGAGUCCUUCACCUCCCUUGAAACAGAGUCCUGAGGAAAGGGCUCCAAAGAGUCCUUCACUUCCCUUGAAACAGAGUCCUGAGGAAAAGUCACCAAAGAAGAGUCCUGACAAUGCUUCUCCUGUGUUAGCCAAGAGUCCUGAUAAAGUCUCUCCAGUUUUAGCUAGAAGUCCUGAGAGGGAAUCUCCACCUCAGAUGAAGAGUCCUGUAAAGGAAGUUUCGUCUUCAACAGAGAUCUCUGAAAAGGAAAUGGGAUAUCCACCUAUAGCCAAAAGUCCGGAGAAAGGAUCACCACCAUUAAUGAAGAGUCCAGAAAAGGAACAAGGGUCCCCUUUACCCAUAGCUAAAAGUCCUGAAAAAGAAUCCCCAUCAGUAGCCAUGUCUUUAGAGAAGGGGUCUUCACCCCCAGCAAGAAGUCCUGAAGAGGGAUUUCCUGACUUAACAAAAAGUCCUGUUAAAGAAUCUCCAGUUACAAGGGAGAGUCCUGAGAAAGAAUUUGUCCCUCCUAUGCCACCCACAGCACCCAUGCCAAGCACUGAUCUGCAAGAAGGGAUUCCUGAAAGACAAUCGUCUGUUGAGAAAAGUCCAGUUGUCCCUGUGUUAACCUCAGUAGCCCAGUCAUUCCCAACUCCAAUCAAGAGUCCAGAGGCAAGUCUGUCCGAUGAUGAUGUAGUAUUAGGAAUGACCCCAGACAAGAAAUCUGUUGCAUUUGAUGACAGUCCUGAUAAGACUUUUUCUCCAUCAUCUGACAGCUCAGAUGAGGAAAGUUUAUCAGAAAAGUUUCCACAACAAAAGCCUCCACCCAGGUUAGAAAGUCCAGUUAGAGAGCAGUCCAGCCUAGAAAAAGAAGGUCCAGUCCAGCAUCCCUCCUCACAGAGUCCAACCAAAGUAACAGAUCCGUCAGCACAAGAAAGCCAUGUAGAAGCAGUGUCAUUGCUAAGUGAAGAUGUUAAUGAAAAUGCAUCAAUAACAAGUGGUGAUUCAGAGAAAUUCCCUGCACCACCUCAAGUUUCUAGUCCUGACAGAACAUCAACAGCUGCUUUUGAUAGUUUAGGGACCCAGGAUGGAGUCCCUGUACCAGAAACACAGAAUCAGCCCCAGGAGACCAUUAAUCCCCUCUAUAUGGUUGGAGACAACAGCAACCAGCAACAAAGUAUGAUGCAGGAGACCAGUACAACGAGUCAGGUGGCUUCUGUAGGAUUAUGUGGUGAUCUCCCACCACCGCCUCCAGUAGAGGAAGAUGAGGCUGCCUUUCCGAAUGACCUGCCACCACCCUUACCGGAAGUGACGUCGUUCAUGCCUUCUAAUGAUGCUUUGGCUGAAGAAGCACCACCUCCACCUCUUGUGUCCCCUUCAGAUGUAGAAGGACUGGAGGAUAUGCUUCCUCUAGCACACAUGGGGUCAUCCUCCUCAGGUAGCACUGCAGGACAGCCAGGCAGCAUUCAUGGCAGCUCAGAGAAGGACUCUGACUCCCCCCAGGAAUCUGAGGACACUCAGAUGGAAGGCACCAUUGUAGCAGAUGACCUCCCUCCACCCCCAAUGGCAACUACAACAGGGAGUGAACAGGAUUCUGAUGAAGAGCUUGACAAUUCAGUAUCCUCUGGUUAUGAACAUGGCUUUACUGCUGGGGGAAUAACCGUCACAGUGAAUCCUAUGGCAGACAUGGAGGAGACGCAAGAAGCCACUGACAGUUUACCUCCUCCUCCUCCCAGUGAACCCUCUCCAGUUGCCCCACCAUCACCUAUUGCUGUCUCAGCAGUAGUGACCAGUAGUGCAGGCAGUCAGAGUAGCAGUAAUGGAUCAGGGAGCCAAGACACAGGUAGUGGCAGUGUAGAGAGUGUAGUUACGGUAGAGUGUGCUGUGGCUGGAGACCCCAGGGUUCAAGACAGGCAACGAUCCACUGACUCUUCUUCGAGUCCUGAGAGUCGUCAUGUAGAUCCCAAUGAGCAGAUAACAGAAGUAUGAGGCAACACUGAUGUGCAUACAGCAACAGAUGUGGCAUAGCUUUAGGAAUGUAGUUCCCUGUUGCUCAGGUUAUCUUUAAGAUAUACCACAUUGCCUACUAGAUUUGGCAGCAGCUCAUAAUUUUUACACCAAACUGUAACUGGUAUCUAAUUCAACCUAAGUUGCAGCUAAGCAAUUGUUAGUCAUUUUUUCACAGAGUUAUGUGGACCAUCUUGAUUACACAACGCUACUAUGAUAAGUAACUUUAUUGGUAGCUGUUGGCUGUGAAAUAUAAAUAUCAUAUUUCCAAUAUAGCUAGGAACAAUUUCCCUUGGUAGCUUAAAUGAAUUACUGCUGUCGGUUACAUGCAAGUGUUAUAACAAAGGACUGGCUUCACAGAGCCUUGUGAAUAUUUCCAGACAUAAAAUAACAAUUUUAAUCUACUUACUAAGAGAUAGGUAAAAAAUAUUUCAAUUACUGCCAUUUUUACACCUUGUUAUGUGAUUCUUUUUCCCAACGAGGCAAGUAUAUGUUUAAGUGAAUGAAGGCAUGGAUUUGGUAUUUCAAUUUUUACCCGGUUGUAUAUGGGUGUGUUUGUAAACUAGAUAAACUGAAGUGCUACAGGAGUAAUUUUUGUAGGUGUGGCUCAUGGUAGUUAGUAUGGAUUUAUGUGGUGUGUUCAUGUUAGCCAACAAGGGGCUGCGGCAUCAUGUGCGGUAAUAAACUUUUGAUAUUAAUCAUGUCGCUCGUGGACAAAAGAAUUGCCAUGAUAAAUUCUGUAUGCAGUUUGUUGCCAAAGUUCCUGUUUUUGUGACAACAGGCAGGUUGAAGCUUUAUAAACUUAACAGUGUUCAGUAUAUGUAAUGGUAAGUUCUAUUUAUGGUACUAUAGGGUUGUAGUCAGCAAACAUGUUUUAAUGCAUAUUUGGACAUCAUUCAACACAGCAUUUUCUCAUCCAGUAUUGAUACUCAGCAGAUAUUAAUCUUUCCAGUGGUUUAAAUGUCAUGUAUAAUUCUUUCAUUUUUUGUAUGCUGUUGAAGUUCAUAGUAAUUGCUUUCUUGGAAAAUUUCCAUUGAACAAAAAUUACUGUAUUAUUCACAGGUUACAAAGCCACUACACAUACAGCAAGUUACUAUCUCGUGAUAAUAUCAAACGUUUUUUCGAUGUUUUCUCCUUUGAAUAUGUAUUGCUCUACUCUUUGAAUCUGUUAUAAAAAUAGCUAAGAAGAUGUUAGUCAGUUGUGAUUUCAGUAGACUUCGAGCUAUGCUUCAAGAUUCAUACUCUCAAUCUACAGAACUCUUGUUAGCAGUUUGUCACCAGUGCUAUGAUUUUAGCAAGUCUUGUCGUAUUCUCUUCUGUUCUUUAGGCAGCCUUUGUAUUGUUGGCUUGAAUGUUAACAGCAUAGCCAGGUUAGGGAGGGUAAGCAUGUCGUGUCUGUUAGCUACCUAACCUUGCUAUGAUUCUGAAUGUUUAUGAUAAAGGUGAGUGUGUAUAUGGUGUUCAGAAAUUUGAGUCUCAACUCUUAUCAACCAGUGAAACCCAGUUGAAGUUUGUCAUUUGUGUUAUUGGUUGUUGAGGCAUUUGCAAAUCAUAUGAUAUGUGAUUAUGAGGAUGGAUUAGGUGUAUUUUUAUUCAUUUAUUUUCACCUUGAAUUGUGGUGUUUUGUCUUUCUUGUAUGAUUUAUAUGAAUACAUUUGAUCUGUUUGUUUAAUGUGAAAGUCUAUUUUGUUACUCGUUACUCAAAUUAUUAUGUUGUGGUUUGAAAUCAGAUGAUUUUAUUUAUCAAGCAACAAAGCAGAAAGACCCACAAAACAUUGUUGCUUAACUGAGGUUUCACUGAUAGAAUGUAGUAUGUGUGCCAAAAAAUCUAAAUGUUGUCAAAUGUUUCAAGAACAUUACUCUGAGAGGCAGCUCCUUGAGGGUAUUGCUCUUCAUACUUUAAUUGAAAUGAAUUGAAUGUUCCUGGGUGUAUAUAGAUAACAGUGGCCAAAAUUGCAAAGUUCAGAAAUCAGCCGUGAAUGAGGUGAUUGAGAGAAUGUUUGCAGUACCCAGCAGUUGUUAAUAAUGAGCAUUUUAGAUUAAAUGUCCCUUCUCUCCCUCUUCCUCCCAUCUAUCUUGUUUUUUUUGUUUUUUUUCUUCCAUAUUUCUUGUUUUCUGUAGUGUGUAUAACAUACACAUACUUAUUAAUAGUACCUGAAUGUAUGAUUUUCUGACCCCAUGGAGAACUGGUACAUGAAAUGAGUUUGAAGAUUUUUUUCUACUUUUAGAAAAUCUUCCUUGUGGUCAGUGGUUCUAUUGAUGGUGGUUUUCUCUGUGUCUCUGAUGUCAGCUUUAUAUAUGCUACUAUGAGCAAGCUUGAAUAGUAAACAAGGUGAAGCUGAUUUUUAUAUAUAUUUUAGUGUCACUCAAUUCUGUUGUUGCCUUUUUGUGAAUGAACCAAAGCUUCACAUUAAUAGGUUUGUGAUAGUUUGUUGUACUUACUGUUAUUUAUUUAGCAAAUCUUCAUUCUCCAAUAGUUUAAUUGCUGGUGCUAAACACUGAUUCUAGUGCAUGUAAAUAGCUCAACAUCUGUAAAAAAAAAUAAUUUUUCUGUUUUUCAUGUCCUGUGCAUUGGAGAUAUUUUAUAUCACUGUUCCUUGAUUUUUUCACCAUUAUUUAUGCUAUAGAGAUUACAUUACCUGUGUUAUUUGUGAGUGCCCAUACAUACUCCUCCUUCUCUUUGCACGAAUGUCUCAUUUAACUUUUUUUUUCAGAUUUUUAUGCUUUAUCUUCAUUUGUUUUCAAGAAAACUGUCAUUCUUUCUUUUUAUGUACUGCUUGUGUUAUUAUUUUAGUGUGAGAGUUUUGUAGUCAUUACUGCGUUUCCAACUUGCCUCUGUAUCCAAUGAAGAGAAGUUGCAAUUGGAGUAAUUGAAUUGGUGUUGCCCAAUUAGCUAGCUUGGAACCAAAGAAUAACUUUCCAUAGAAUAUUCUGCAUCAUUAUUGCAAUAAAGAGAGAGAGAGAAAGAGAGAGAGAGAGAGAGAGAAAAAGUGACUAGUUAUCUGAGGAAUGUAAUGCAGCAUAUAGCAGUGGUGACUUUAAUGCAGUGACUUGUAUACUUUUAUAUUUUCUCUCUUGAUAUAUUGAUUUAUACUUGUAUUCUCCUUUCGUUUUUACUUCUUUCUUCUCAUAAACACAGUGACUUAUAUACCCUUUUAAAUAAAAAAAUUAGUGACUUAUGUAUACUUUUAUAAUCUUUAUUUUUACUUUAUUUUAUUUCAUACAGCAUAAGUGCAAUAUAUACAGUAUAUACAUACAUAUAUAUUUCUUAUGUUCAGUCUCUGCAGCUGAUACCUGAUUCAAAAUUGCAGUCUUCUGAAGUUCAAAUUCACAAGCAUGGAUGGUUGCCUGGUGAAUGUGUUCUGACUGGCAGUGGAUGAGUGGAGAGAGUGCUGGAUGCUUGGUAAAUAGUGUUUGAUUCUUUGAGGCAGGUUUUCCUAAGCUUGAUCAAUAUUUUGCAUUUUUGUCCCUCUUAUGUUUUUUUUUUUUUUUUCUUUCUUUUUUUACUUUUCUUUAUUUGUUUUUGCAUUUAUAGACAAGAAUGGCAGUGUUUUGUUAAUGAAUAGUAUUCUUUAUCUUUAAACUUGUUUUUUCAACCUACAGUUUUUAGUAUUUUGAGCACUUUGCAUAUUAACUAGAAAGAAGUUAAUAGCAUUGUAUUUUAGAAAUAUUACACUUUUAACUUUGAAGAAAGUUGGGAAGCAGCCACUUUUUAAAGAUUUUAUUUUGAUUUUAUUUAUAAAUUUAAUUUUGUUGUCAAAAACACUUAACUGCUCUUAAAGUAUGUGUAUUGCUGAACAAUCCAUGUGUGAGGAAAAGAAAUCCUUGCACUUCUUGUAUCUUUUCUUUUUUUUUUCUUUUUUUGUUUGACUUGCAGUAAAGCUUCCUGCUUUUGACUCAUAGAAUUUAAAUUAAGUGGCUAGCUUGCCUUUCUUUAGUCAUACUGAAACGUAACUUGCAAUAGUUAAUGACUAGGCAAUAGGUAUUAGAAUAUCGUUCAAAUCAACUUGUCUGAAAGAUAAUUUGUUGUGUGUUUUGUGAAAAAAGUAAAAGUUUUUGGUGCAUUUAGGUAAAGAAUACUCUUAAUAUUGAAUCAAGAAUCUCUGGUAAAUGUUAACUGUAGUGAUGAAAGCAAAAACCAAAAGAAAAAAAAAAAAAAAAAAAAAAAAAUUAAGGAACAAGUUUUUAUUGCAUUUACUUAUGGUAAGCAUCCUUUAUUACCAGUAUCUCAAAAAAACAAGGUUGUAUUUCAGCCUUUUUUAGAAAUAACACAAGUUCAAUUACCCAGUGUUCAAGCGUGGUAGAAAGUGAGAGGUUUUAGGUGAACGCCCCUAAGGUAGGAAAAGAUCAGGGAUAUCUUACAUGUUUUGUGGUGCGUGUGUGUGUGUGUUUCUUUUCAUAGCUGCUGAGUCGGCAUUUUUUUUUUUUUUUUAUUGAAUAUGGUACAGUUUCCUAGUGACAGUACUUACUGUUUUCCUUUCUUUCUUUUUUAUUAUUAAUCAUUUUUAUUGUAUUUUUUUUUUAUAUCGGAUUUCCAUUAAUUAGUGUAAAUAGGUGAUUCAUUGCAUUUAUGCAUUUGACUUUAGAGAAUCUUACAGAGCAGUUGAUUUUUUUUUCUGUUAUGUAUGUACUUGUGAGCUGUUUUCAUCUUUUAAUUACAGUGUUUGUAAACAACAAAACCAGUUAUUUAUUCUUGUUAAGUAAUACCAUACUAUUUAUUGGUUGAUUUUAUAUCUCAAAGAAUAAUGGAAUCUCUAGAUGGGAUAUGACUAUAAUGGUGCAAGCAAAGUUCACAGUUGCUAGUGCUUGAAGUUCAAUAUAGAAAGUAAAAGUCUCUUUCCAGGUACACAUUAAACAAAUGUUACUGUUUUGUCUAUUCAAAGUCUCAUGCUUAGCCACAAAUGAAUCAAUAAUAACUUGAGUAGAAAUACAGGAAUCUGUAAUUUAUGCUUCACCAUAUUUUUAUUAUUGUUAUUGAUAUUAUUAUUAGUCUUGUUAGUGUGUCAUUAUUUUUUUACAGGCUACUGAUUACAUUGAUUUUCUGUAACUCAAACAGAUCUCUCUAAUCACUACUGUUGCUUCCUUUAAGGUUAUUGAUCACUUUCUUGUAAAUUGGGAUCUUCUUUACUUCAACAUUGUAUAAGUUACUGAGAAAAAAAACUUUUUAUUAUAUUUUUAAUUGAUUUUAAUCUCUUAUCUCUGAUCCUUUCUAAAUGUAUUUGAAUACAUUUUUCACACUCUCUGAAAUGUUCUUUUUCUCCUAUAUUUAAUUUUAUCUAUAUUUAAUUUUCUUUUUGCAAUCUUGAAAGGAAUCUCAGAAUUGAUGGGUCUUUCGUUAUUUCAACUGAUCAAUAGGUUAGUGUCAUGCGACGACUAACUCCACUUUUUUCCUUCGCAUCAAUGGUAGCUGAUGGUAUAUGCAUGCAUCAUGGAGAUAUCCUCAUCAUGAGAUGCAAUAUGCUUUUCACCAUCCUUCACAGCUCAGCUUUAUGUGUCCGUUCAGCCACAUGUGCGCGUGCGUGAGUGUCUCUCUCAAGAAUUAGUGACGCUUAUUUCUCUCCCAGUGCACCUUCUUUGACAAUUGUGUAGCACAAGAGAGUGGAGGUUUUGUCAUUAUGUGAGAGAGUGACGCACCUCUUGUGGUCAGUAAGCUACUACUUACACAGUAAAAAAGGAUUAUAGUAA